CAGGCGUGUGAGCAAGUCAUAGCUCAUGAGGGUGUGUUCCAGUGUGAACCCUCCCCAAUGCUUGCCAACAGGAAAAACUAUAAAUGACUGGACAAAUGGGUCUUCACAGUAGACCUCAGAAUAGACUCUGAGGUGUCCGUUGGGUCCUAGGAUAAGGCAGUUCACAUGCGAACUUUGUGGGAUCUUGCCCGUGUCCCUGUUCCUGAGGAUCCUCUCCCUGCCAUCCUGGAAGAGGAGGGCUGGGACCAGAUCGGUGGCUCCGCUGCCUAUGCAGACCAGAGCUGGCCAAAGCCUGCCAGCUGACUCAGCUCGCCCACCCUACCCGGGUCCCACGGGGAGAGGCAGCCCGACGUGGGUAUAAAGCGGCGAGCACCAGGCUCGCGCGCAGCCUCUCCAUUUUUUCCUGUGCGGUGCGGUGCUCGCCUCUCCGCGACGAUGAGCAGCGCUCCUGCCCCGGGCCCGGCGCCGGCUUCCCUCACGCUCUGGGACGAAGAGGACUUCCAGGGUCGUCGCUGCCGGCUGCUGAGCGACUGUGCCAACGUCUGCGAGCGUGGAGCCCUGCGCAGGGUGCGCUCCGUCAAGGUGGAGAACGGCGCAUGGGUGGCCUUCGAGUACCCCGACUUCCAGGGACAGCAGUUCAUUCUGGAGAAAGGAGACUACCCUUGCUGGAGUGCCUGGAGCGGCAGCAGCGGCCACCACAGCAACCAGUUGCUGUCUUUCCGGCCAGUGCUGUGUGCGAACCACAGUGACAGCCGAGUGACACUGUUUGAGGGGGAAAACUUCCAGGGAUGCAAGUUUGAACUCAGUGAUGACUACCCAUCACUGCCUUCCAUGGGCUGGACCAGCAAAGAUGUGGGCUCCCUCAAAGUCAGCUCUGGAGCGUGGGUGGCCUACCAGUACCCAGGCUACCGAGGUUACCAGUAUGUCUUGGAACGGGACCGGCACAGUGGGGAGUUUCGUACCUACAGUGACUUUGGCACGCAGGCUCAUACUGGAAUGCUGCAGUCCAUUCGAAGAGUCCAGCACUAGGCUCCACAUUCCCAGCCAUCACCGCUAAGGUUCUCAAUAAAGGCUCUAGAAUCGA